CACACAGCAGCAGUACUCACUGUUCCUGCCUCCAAGAACAGGGAAGGCCAUGGAUACUUCAGGAACACCACCUCCACCUCCGGAUGAGCCCAAGACAAUCCAGGAAGAUAUUCCACAGCCAGAAAAAAUAGACAAAGUCCGUAAAAAAGAAGAGGAGCACCAUAAAAAAGAAGAGGAGCAUCCUCUUUCAAAAGGAGAACAUAGGAUUAAAGAAGAUAGCUCUUCCUCUUCUUCCUCAUCAUCAUCAUCUUCCUCAUCAUCAUCAGACAGCAACAGCGAUGAAGAACAUCAUGGGAUCAAAAGAAAACCCCUUCCAGAUAUUGUCAAAGAUGAGUCGGAGAUCAAGAGGGGCGAACUUCAGCUCUAUGAAGGUACACCUGGUGAGAUAGAGCCUUAUGACGAACCAGAGCUCAGAAGAAGAGAAGUUGUACCAUCAGACGAGACAGAAUUGGAAGAGACUGAGUCAAGAAGAGUUAACAUAAAGAAAGACGAUGAAUUUUUCCAUUUUGUUCUCCUUUGUUUUGCUAUUGGGUCCCUGCUAGUUUGUUAUCACUAUUCUGCAGAUUGGUUUAUGUCUCUGGGCGUUGGCUUGCUCACCUUUGCUUCUCUGGAAACCAUUGGAAUAUAUUUUGGUCUAGUGUACCGGAUUCACAGAGUCCUUCAAGGCUUUAUCCCCCUCUUUCAGAAAAUAAGACUCAUAGGUUUCCGCAGGUCAGACUGAGACGUUGGUUUCUGGAGUUCAGCUGGCAUCAGGCUGCACUUG